AGAAUUAAGUAUCAUCCAGUCUCUGGAUUGAAGAAGAGACGAGCACAAUCUGCUUAGCCCAACGGGAUCCCGGCAGAGCGAAACCAAAAAAAAAAACACAAACAACCAAGCGAGCACGUCACUUCUCGCCCCAUUCACAGUGCACGAGACAGGCUUCGAGAGACACCUGAUCCACGUACAGCGUCCCGCUCUCUGAGCGUUGCUUCUUCCGAUAGUUACUAUCGCCCAGCACUCUAGCUGUGAAGCGCAUAGUUGACAUUAACCAAGAUGUCUUCGUCAGUUUUCUUCAAGUUCAAGUCCCAGAAGGAGCCCACCCGUGUGGAGUUUGACGGAACGGGUAUCUCUGUGUUUGAGCUAAAGCGUGAAAUCAUUCUACGGAGCGGACUCGGCGAUGGAACCGAUUUCGAUCUUGUGAUCUGUGCGGACGAGGCUAUGAAGGAGGUUUACGAUGAUGAUACGACCAUCAUACCCCGGUCCACUACCGUCAUUGCCCGCCGCCUGCCUCCGAAGAUUCCUGGUAGGGGAGGGGCUGCCCGAUAUGUGUCUGGAAAGAUGCCCGUCCAUGCGAAGAACUCGUCUCGUCGGGAACACAUCGCAAAACCAGUCGCGAAGACGCAGUCUAACACACUAGCUAAGUUAAGCAGUGCCAUGACGGAGGAGGAGAAGAUGGCGGCAGUCUUCCAGGCACAGACUGAGAACUUCACGUCCCGCGAAGAGGAGAUGGCUACGCAACAAUACGUGGCCAAGGGAGGCCCCAAGAAGCCGACAAAUGUGCCAGACCAUGACCCACCUCAAGGGUAUAUCUGCUACCGCUGUGGUGAGAAGGGGCACUGGAUCCAGCUCUGCCCUACCAACGACAACCCAGAUUAUGACAACCGUCCGCGCGUCAAGCGAACAACCGGCAUUCCCAGGUCGUUCCUCAAAACAGUGGACAAGGCCACGGCGCUCGGCCAGAACGGCGAUGGCGCUGACUCCAAGGCGCCCUCUGGCAUUAUGGUUAAUGCAGACGGAGAGUUCGUGAUCGCUGAGCCUGAUAAGGCCGCUUGGGAGCAAUUCCAGGCCAAAGCCAAAGUGAACCCUACCGCUCAAAAGGCAAGUGCCGAGGAGGAUAGGGAAAUCCGGGAGCGAGGUCUGGAGUGCCCCAUGGACAACAAAAUGUUCUUAGAGCCAAUGAAGACUCCGUGUUGUGAGAAGACGUAUUGCAAUGAUUGCAUCACUAAUGCUCUCAUUGAGAGCGACUUCAUCUGCCCGAGCUGCAAGACAGAGGGCGUCCUCAUCGAUGAUCUAAAACCGGACGAGGAGGCUGUUGAGAGAAUCAAGGCGUUUCUUGCCGAGAAGGACGGUAAGGCAAAGGAGGGUUCCAGGAGCCCCAGGAGUGCCGCAGCGCAAGACUCGCCGGUGGCCGCCGACGGAGAGACAGCCGUCGACGGCAAAACAGAAGCCACGAAGACAAAGUCGCAAUCGCCAUCGCCUGCAGCUGCCGCGCCCGCCACGACACAAGCAGGCCAAAGGACAACACCUACCUCGACUUCUACUACGGCAGGAGAACAAACCCAGGUUUCCAAGAAGCGUGCGGCGGAGGACGCCUUAGAGAACCCGAAGAUACCUAAAGCCCCAAAAGCGAUGCAGAAGGCGCAGGAAGUCAAGCAACAAAAUAUGAUGGGGCAAAUGAUGCCUGGGAUGCCUGGCAUGGCGCCAGGUAUGCCCGGGAUGAGCGGAAUGCCCGGCAUCGGUCCCAUGGGCGGAAUGCCGAUGAUGUUCCCUGGGAUGCCCAUGAUGGCCGGCAACUUCGGUCCCAUGGGCGGCAUGCCCAACAUGAACAUGGCUAUGAUGAACCCCAUGAUGAAUCCCAUGAUGGGCAUGGGCGCGAACGGAUUCGGCGGCAUGAACGGCAUGGCCGGCCCCGGAGGGUACAACAACGGCGGAUGGGUUGGCCCAGGCGGUGGAGACAUGGGCGGCCUGGACAUGAACGGCGGCGGCGCGCGGAUGCAUGGUGGCAUGGGAAUGGGCAUGGGCGGCGGAUAUGGCGGCGGACCCCAGCAGGGCCAGCAGCAAGGGCCGGCUUUCCAGCAACAGCACCCGAAUUUCACAUAUCAGCCCGCUGACGAAGAGGAUGCCUACUUCCGCAAGCCGGUGAACCCCCAUCGGCAUCAGAAUCGUCAGCGCCGGGUCCGGCCGAGCGAUUACAGGGAGCUAUGAGGAGGAGUGGAUUCGCAAGCAAUCCUGACCGACCGUACGAAGUCGUCGACAAUGCAUACAUAACUACUAGUACCUUUCCAUGUCUGACCCGCACCGCUGUUGACACAAAGCUGGGCCGACAAACAGUAUAUACGGGAUGCCAUGUCA